AUGACAGAUUCAAAAUCGCUUAGAGAGAUAUUUGAUGCGGCGAACGAGUUUCUGCGUCCUGUUUUAAAGAGAGGCACGCACUCUGAUGAAAUCCGGAACGCCCGUGGUAAUUCUCUUGUUGAGAUUCUGGGCAGACAUCUCUCUCCGCAAGUCCAGGAGGAAGAUUCUCUGAGAUCUCUUGUCAUAGAAAAGGCGCUUCUCAUCCUCACGGACAUCCACCUUGGUUUUGCCACGUCUGUAGAGAACGAGGAAUCCUUCUUAUCAGCUGACCCCCAGACACAAGAUGCUGCUCUUGAAGAUGCGAAGCGACGCCAAGGAAUAUAUCCGUCGCUUUCCCAAGGAGUGGGAGUUCCUCUAGAAAAGAGAGUGAUCUCCAGUCUUCCCACCGGUGUCAUUGCUAAACAGGCCUCUGUAUCUGCGACAAACAAGCUGCAGAAUGAGUCACUUUUGCAUCGUAUUAUAACGCCUCUUGUGGAUAUUCUGUUCGACGAGCGGCCGGGAAUUCAACCACUUGUCCGAGGUCGGAUUCUGAGCGAUAUUUUAUGUGGUAGUGCAGAUCUAGCAUUCAAUUCCCAGAGCCUUACGCAGGAGAAGAAGGAUAGUCGUUCAGCCAUUUCAUAUGCUAAGAAUGACGGUAGAACAUCAACGUCAGUGUUACUGCCAAUGCUGUCGGCGUUUCUGCGGCCAGACGCUGCGUCUUGGUUCAAAUCUGUUAUUUCCACCCGUAUUUCCCAGAUACCUCUACGGGAUGAUGGCGUCGUGCAAACAAUCUUUUUUCUUGCCUCACAGUUCGCCCCGUCGCUUGGCCAGGACAGCCAGGAGCCGUCAUCACAAGGACCUCCUAUUACCGUGCAAGCGAUUAUGCAAACAUCGAAGCUGCUUUCUUCCGUUCCUCAGGGAAUGGAUCCAGCUGCAUAUUUCCACAAUAUUGCACCAAAACUAUUAGCCUUGCUCGACGGCAAUGACCCUGACUUGAAACGUACUGCAGCUUAUGUCGUCGGUAGUGGGAUACUUGGAAAGAAACAGUAUGGUGCUCCUGGUGGAAUUGGGCAUUCUAUAUUCGUUGAGCCUCUCUUUAAGGCCGUCACAGCAGAGCUUGAUGACUCCUCCAGACGGUGGUUGAGAUCAUUCGCUCCUCCAGCAGGAGAUGUCUCUCCUCGCGAUACUGAGGACAUUUCGCAGGGAGACAUUAUGGUUGAUGAGCCCGAACUUUCGCUUGCCAUCGAGAGACUUGCCACUCUCAGCCUUCAACAUCCCAACCCUGGCCUCGUGAAAAGACUAGUCCAUCCCAUCCUUCUUCCUCUAUGGGGACUGGCUUGUUACACCCAAGAGAAGAACAAGAAAGCAUGGCACGAAAAAGUCUUUUCCAUUAUACAGACUUAUUUCAGCCUAUCAGCCGGCCUCCAACCCCUAAAGAAGAUUGUCGACAACCUGCUUUGGAAUGGCGGUCCUACGUGGACAUACAGGCCGGGCCGGAAUGGUGGAAUAUCAUUGCAUAAACGCAGCGAUUCGAGCUUCAACGUCGUUCAACUGGUGGAGUCUCUGGAUUCUCGCGCGGAAAACUUUUCCAAAUUGCUAGGCAGUGAUCCUCAGAGCGAGGAAAGAACCGGAGACAUCUUCCUAUAUGUCAGCCAGAAAUGGCUCAUAACGCCAUCCAGGAAGCAGCCUGCGCUUAAUGAAAUAAAAAUUAUGCGAGAUGAAGAAGCGGAGUCUGAGUUCAUGACCCAGAAACUUGUGAGCGCCAAGAUAGCGGAGAAGCUACUGGAUGAUUUCAAGGAUACUCUAUCUCGUCAUCCCCUCCGAGUCUUGGAAUUGGUUCAGCAGCUUAUUGAAAGUGAAUUAAUCGUGGCAGAGGAACGGGAGAGAAGAAGGAGAGCACGGAGAAGCGGAAAGGCUUCUCUCGAAUCGCUUGCUAAUAUAGUUUCCAGAGAAGAAGAUGGUUCGGCAACGGAAGGGGAUCAGGCAGAGUCAGCAGAGUCAUUGUCAGCGACAUUCAGCCUUCUAUCAACGAUACUCGCUUCUCCAGAUUUUUCCAUGUCUAAAGCCUUGCUUCCCAUCCUUGAGAAGAUAAAAUCACAGUUGGAUCAGCUUCUUCCUAGUCUUCCACCAUCACUCUCGACACCGGGAAACACAUCAUCUAUGCUUUUAGAACUGCAUAUUAGUUUCCCGGAAGGUCAGAAAGAUUCAAAACAGGCACCAUCAGCGCAGGCAUCAGAUCUCGAAACUCAUCGCCAGGCCUUGAAGAAUAUCUCAUCGUCUCUCCCCCCAGUGCAAGCAGAAGGGCUUUCGCUCCUGUCCAAUCUGAUUGCCAAAUCUUCACCAGUUCUUGACAUUCCGUCUACGCUCUCGCUUUUGCUUUCUAUAGUCACUGAGCAGAGCUCAGAAAGUGCUGCAAAAGAAGAAUUCGUUUACCUAAAUGCGAUCAAACUGAUCGGAAACCUUGCAUCGAAGCAUCCGCGGACAGUCGUUAAGACGCUGGUCGAGCGAUAUGCCGACAAAAACGAAGAGAGGACCCUUGACCAAAGGCUGAAAGUUGGCGAAGCCCUUUUGCGAACAAUUCAAGAUUUGGGGGAAGCUUUGGUCGGCGAGACAGCUCAGAUUAUCGGAGAGGGCAUGAUCGCUGUGGCCGGACGAAGAGGGAGAAAGCCUGAAGCACACAAGGCUCGAAAGAGGCAGCUCGAAAAGGAGAGACGAGAAAAAGAGCGCGAGGAACGGGAAGUCGCCAUGCCUCCUGGCUGGAAGAUCUCCUCGCCUGCGCUGUCAAAACCUGAAGAAAAACAAACAUAUCCUGAAGAUGACGACUCCGAAACGGAGACACCAGAGCAAGCUGAGUACUCGGCCAAAAUACUCGCCGCUUGGGCCGCGGGUUCUGCUGCUGAUCUGGAGCCCGACGACCUCCGUGUCCGUGCCUCCGCGAUAUCAAUUCUGGCAACAGCGAUUCAAACAAACCUUCUUGCUUUGGGGCCUUCCAUUGCGUCCUCCGCUGUCGACCUGGCUUUAUCCACUUUGACACAUGAACCCGGUCCCGAGAGUGCCAUACUUCGCCGUGCGAGUGUUGUACUUCUUCUCGAUCUUCUUAAGGCCAUGGACUCGGCUCGCGAAAACAGAAAAAAUGGCAACCUAGGCUUUGGCUUCUCCCUUGCAGAUAACAAGGACGGAACUGAUGUUAGCGGAUCUCGAGGCCCAGCCACGAUCGGCAAUAUUCCAACCAUGCUCCGCUCAUUAGCCUUUGUGGAGAGCCGAGAAACGGACGGUGUUGUGCGAGGCCACAUCCGCGUGCUGAUCGAGAGCUUGGAGGCGUGGAUGGAGAAGUCGUUACUGUGGGGAAUCGGUGUGCAUUCGCAGGAUAAUAAUAUCAACAAUGAACCAAGAUUGGAGCUGGGCGAUCGGAUUGCUGGGCUUGACAUUGAUCCGUUGGCUGGUCGGGAUGGGGAUCGACGCGCGAAGCCAAGGAUUGAGGAGAUUGAGUAG